GGCAGGGCGUGGGGAUAGUUGGGGGCGGUACCUCGACUUCGAGCCGGUGUCUCCAGAUUGCCUGUGUUUCUGCAGCUGUUGGCGAUCCGACGCCGGCAACCAUGGAUGCAGUCUCGAUGACCGUGCCGAACUACACGUAUGUGUUCAAGUUCGAAGAGGACUUCGCUGCGGUUGAACGACGGCAGUGGAUGGAGGACAACUGGCACAUGUCGUUUUAUUACAUAGGCAUAUACAUGGUACUGGUGUUCGGCGGACAGCACUACAUGCAGUCGCGCCCCCGCUUCGAGCUACGCAACACGCUGGCGCUGUGGAACUUCUUCCUGGCCGUGUUCAGCAUUAUCGGCACCAUGAGGACCGUGCCAGAGCUGUUAUUUGUGCUGAAGAAAUUUGGAUUUCACCACUCCUGCUGCAUUGCUGGUCACAGUUAUGUUCCCAACAACUCAGUGUCUGCCCUCUGGUGCUACCUGUUCACCAUGUCAAAGGUUCCUGAGCUGGCUGACACAGUGUUCAUUGUGCUGCGGAAGCAGCCUCUGAUCUUCCUGCACUGGUACCACCAUGUCACCGUCCUCAUCUUUGCCUGGUUCAGUUUCUCGGACUUCAUCGUGACGGCCCGCUGGUUCGUCAGCAUGAACUACUUCGUCCACUCGAUGAUGUACAGCUACUACGCCUUCAAGGCGCUCCGGUACCGCGUGCCAAGGUGGAUCUCGGUCGUCAUCACUGCCUCGCAGCUGGCGCAGAUGGUGGUCGGCUGUCUGGUCAAUCUCUGGGCCUACCACGUCAAGUCCAACGGAGGCGAGUGCGAGGUCUCGGAUCUCAACAUCAAGCUCUCGCUCAUGAUGUACUUCAGCUACUUCGUCCUCUUCGCACACUUCUUCAACAAGGCCUAUCUCAGCAAGAAGAAGCCGGGGCGAGCUGCUGCCAGCGGCACCGCCAAAAAGCUGGAGUGAUGCUGGUGACCGCUAGGCGGCGAUAGCAGCCGAGGGAUAGAUUUCAAGGUCUCCUGAUGGCCGAACCGUUUAAGUUUCCUUUUGAGUCUCGAAAAACUUCGGACGUUGUCAUGAGAAAUGCGACGUUUUGUUUGCAUAGGUAGACGUUAAUCAUGUUAUGAUACUUGCUCAAAUGAUUUUGGAUGGUUGUGUCCUGUUUUCAUGCAUGAAAUCUAGCAUGCUUGGGUUGGCGGUAUGUCUAGUUAACAUUAUUGUUAAUUCACACUUCAAGUUUAGCUUUUAAAGUUGCGUUGCUUCGAAAUGUGGUAAGAUUUAAGCUUUUAUUUUGUUAGCUUUCCCAUACUCAGACAAGGCACGAGCAGCGGGACCCACACAUUCCUUUUCACAGCUUGCACUGCAUCUAUUCCUAGUGAAAUAAUUUUGUGUUAUCGACCCUGAGAGGUGAUUUUGUCCGUGUGAUUUUGCCCGCGCAGCAACGUUCCAUGCUGCGUUGUCCCAUGCGUGAUAAAAGUCUGUAAACCUCUUCCAGUUGUCAUCAACUAGCACAAUUACGGUUGUCAUCAACUAGCACAAUUACGGUUGUCAUCAACUAGCACAAUUACGGUUGUCAUCAACUAGCACAAUUACGGUUGUCAUCAACUGGCACAAUUACGGACGCGGUAGCUACCAUCGUGGACCCGUUGUCCUAGUCUAGCCGGAUCAUACCGCUCAGGUGUGACCGCCAUCCGCGGCUGGACAUCACGCGUACAUUGACCCCUCCACUUCUCUCCCCUCCGCUCCCUCGAGGGUGGGCUGUGCGCACCCGGGUCCGCAGGUGGACUGAUGGGCCCGUCAAUGUAUGUGUGACUUGGGUGGGAGGAAAUGGGCCUCUUAUGAGCCGAACCUGGCCUCCGGUGAGCCGCACCGUGCUCCUGGUGAGGCGAACCGGGCCUCUGGUGUGCCGAACCGUGCUCCUGGUGACGCGAACCGGGCCUCUAGUGUGCCGAACCGGGCCUCUGGUAAGUCGAACCGGGCCUCUGGUGUGCCGAACCGGGCCUCUGGUGAGUCGAACCGGGCCUCUGGUGAGCGUUCUGGGAAGCAUGCGGAGCUGAGGCGUCUUGGAAUGGACUCGAGGCAGGACCAAUACCAGGCCCCAGACAGGUCAAGUGUGUAGCCACUCUAUUACACACAUUGGAGUAUCUCGCGCACACAGUAUCUGCGAUUUGCGAUACGCUCUACUUGUACAUAUGUUGGUUUGCCGCGUGUGCUCUGGUUCGGCCUAGCCAGGACCGGCAUCAAGGUCUGGCGUAGUGCAGACCAUUCCUGGCCGGCCCGCGGUACCUCAGAUGGCUAUUUUGUAGCUGUUUGACAAAUGACAGCUCUCGGCUGUCAAAAUGACAGCUGAGAGCUGUCAUUUCCUGUUGUGUGUAUGCUCCCCGUCAUUUCCCUUACAACUGCGCGAGACUUUCCAAGGCGGUCGUCCGUCGCGGAACUGGCUGGGCUGGUGUCCAUUCCAUUAAUUCCGGGUCCAUUUCACCCAUUUUAUUUCAUUCAUUCCUUCAUUUUGAAAUCUACGUGUAAGAAUGAUUCGUGUGUUUUGAAGUGGAUGGUCAUCGUCUAGCUACCCUGUCAUCCUGAUCAAAGACGCCGCAUUAGGUGCCACACGACGCCUCUGGCAUCGCGCCAAAGGCUUUCCGGUUUCGUGUGUGGUCGGGGCGAGGCCUAGCGACCGCCGGCAGCACUGACGCCGUUGGUAUCACCAACAGGUGGCAGUAGUGUCGACACGCCGCUGUUGGCCUGCGGCCCGGCGCCAUGGUGUCGUAGGUCUCGAGAGAGGAGGGGGAGGGGUGGGGUCGGCCGUGGGCUCGGACCACAGGUACGGGGACCGCGGCAGAGGUUCCGAUAGUGACGUCACUUCACUAGCGUGCUGUGAAGCUAUCCCAGAACUGCCUGGGCUUGGACUGCCAUGACAUCAAGCUGUCGCCUGUAGACGAUGCAAUAUUCCGGACAAUUAAGCUGCGUUUAGCGCUUACAUUAGAUUUCUUUACAGAGGCUCGCGUAGUCUCGGGUGUGCGUGAAGUCUGCGUGGUAUAGAUUCUUACUUAAAACUUGUAAGACUUUAUAUAGAUGUCACCCUAUUGUGUACAGUUAUGGCUGCUUGCAGCAUGACAGAAUGUCCAUCUGCAUGGCGAUAAAUGGUUCGCUGCUCCCUUUUCAGCUGAGUGAGACCAAGCUUUUCAGGGUGGAUUCUGCUAAACGCAGAUUGCUGUACGCGGCCGAGGUCGUGAGGCAGGUUUCAGUGCUGACGUGGGCGGGUUACUGUCGCUGCUUGUCAAACUCGCCUGGACCUGGACCAUAGAAAGGGAUGCGGGACUUUCCGUCCCUGGCGCUCGCGCCCUCCCUCGUCUUGCCUGCCUCGGCAUCCUUUCGAUCCCCGCCGCGGGCCGGGCACGGCCCGGCGCCGCCCCGACUCUCCACGCGCUGACCGAACACCCGUAGGCGCCUGCACUCACCGUGGUGGCCUGCACCGCCGGCUCGCAGGCCCAGCGGAGGGCUGGCACAUUGCCGCUCCGUUCAGCUUCUGGUGUGCGAGCGCCACUGUGCGGGACCGAAAUUAUCCUACAUUGGUAAAUGCAAUUGAUCAGUUAGACUGCUGAAUUCAUAUGACAGUAAUUUUAAAUGUCAAACCUCAGCGAAAGGACUGAACUCCGCCGAAUUAUGUUUUACGCUCAUUUCUUUUUUCUGCGCCGCCAAAUUGCUAUCUCAAGUACUGUCGGCCUGUGCCGUGCCUGUUUGGUACCUGUCCUGAUGUGUCCAAUGUUCCGCACACGUCCGUCAGAGCGAAGGCAUUGAAUCAUGUUGUACAGUAGUGUUAAGUUUCUGUAUUCGUCUGUGGCGGGGUUCCCCCGUGGUCCUCCCGACCGCCAUGCGCUGGUGUUCAGCUCCCUUAGCCACCUGGCGACUGUUUAUGGUACUUGCGCUUUUCCAGUGUACGCGCAGAUGUCGACGCUGGUGAGAGCCCAGCAGGGCCCGUCGGUUUCUUGGAGCGACUGCGCCAGUCAAUAUAUUUUCUGCAGCUCCUGGCAGAAUGGGCAGAGUCAUAAGCCACUUUUAUCGAUUUUCCUCGUUCUCUUCAUGUGUGAGAUUGUCCCCGACUUGCAGGGUUUUAUCCAUUUUCCCCUUUGAUCGCGCGUGAUAUUGCCCCCGGCUGGUCCGGCUGGCAGCGCGCGAGGGAUAGCCGUGCUGCUGCGGCGGCGGUCUGUCAUGUGGAGACAGCGUGUGCUCGAAGUCAGGAAGCGGUUUCGCUCCAUCUGUUGCUUUUGCGAGCCGCUGGGUGCGCCCUCAUCGCAAUGGAAGUGCUCCAGACCCGCGCCUAGCUACCCGCGGAGCGUGGACGGCGCCGUUAACAAUGACACAGUGGUGGAACUUUCGGAACCUGUGCGGCAAACCUGUUUCACGUGCGCAUGCCCGUUCUUUCGGCGCCGCGUUUUCCCGCGAUGUUAAUGUGACUCUCGAUCUGGCCGGUGGUGUGACCUCCCAUCGGCCUGCCGUUGGGGUCGCCUGGUGUCGCUUCCGCUGCCGCGGGCUCCCGGUCUGCGACGGUCGACGACCGCAAGCUAACGCUGGUCGGUCGCCUGUUCGAGGCGGGUGCGCGCGUGCCAUUUGUUUUGUGUUCGUCGCCUUCGGUUCCAGCGCAUGUGUGGUCCACAAUAAACGGUUCGUUCAGUU